AUGAGCGAACAUUUCACAACCAGCGCGCCCGGGCCAGCUGUAAGCGCCAUAAAUGUGGACAAUGACAUGCUUCCCGAGGAGGCAGCCGAAACACUUGACAACUACGACUACGUCGUAGUUGGUUCAGGCGCCGGCGGUGGACCGUUGGCCGCGAAUCUCGCCCGGAACGGCCAUAAAGUUCUCCUGGUCGAAGCAGGGGAUGAUCAGGGAUCCAACAUCCACCAGCAGGUUCCAGGCUUUCAUUUCCUGUCUACAGAGGACGAGAAGAUGCGCUGGGACUAUUUCGUCAAGCAUUAUGCGGAUGAGACCGUUGCACGGCAAGACUCGAAAAUGACUUGGGAGACAACCGCGGGAACACUCUAUGUCGGACUGAAUCCACCAAGCGGAUCGAAGCCGAAAGGCAUCCUCUACCCGCGCGCAGGAACGCUAGGUGGCUGUUCGGCACAUAAUGCUCUGAUCACCAUCUAUCCGCACGAGAGUGAUUGGUCAAACAUCGCCAAUCUCACCGGCGACGCUUCGUGGGACCCGAAGAAUAUGCGCCAGUAUUUCAGGCGCCUGGAACAUUGCGAGUAUCUUCCAAGUGGCAGCUCUGGUCACGGCUUCACCGGUUGGCUGCAUACGAGCCGCGCUGAUCUGGAAUUGACCCUGCAAGAUUCUAAGUUUCUUUCUAUCCUCACUUCUGCUGCUACUGCUAUGGGGAAUACUAUUCUCGGACUAAUCCCCGAGAAAGUUUCCCAACUCGUUGGACUCCUGCAGCGGGACGUGAAUUCCAGUGAUCCUUCUCGGGAUGUGACUGAAGCCAUCUAUCAUAUACCCCUGUCCAAGGAUCAGGCAAAGAGAAGCGGCACUCGAGACUUUCUCGUAAAUACGGCUAAGGAGUAUCCGCUGCAUAUCAGGACAAACUGCCUCGCUACACGCGUUCUUUUCGAGGAAGAUACUGUCAUGCCCAAAGCAAUUGGUGUCGAGUUCCUCGAAGGCAGCAGUAUGUACAAGGCUGAUCCACGGUCAAGUUUAUCCGCCGCCGGCACAAAGCACCGCGUCCUCGUCUCUCGAGAGGUCAUCCUUGCGGCGGGAGCUUUUAACACCCCACAGCUCCUCAAGCUGAGCGGUGUCGGCCCGACAGACGAGUUAAAGAGGGUUGGAAUUCCUGUUGUUAAAGAUUUGCAGGGCGUUGGCACCAAUCUCCAGGAUCGCUACGAGGUCCCCGUCAUCAGCAAAGUACAGGAUGAUUUCCAAACCAUAGCAAAAUGCACAUUCGGGAAACCAGGGGACCCGGCCCUUAAUGAUUGGACGCGCCAGUGUGGACCCUAUCUAUCAAAUGGACUCAAUUUUGGCAUGACGAAGAAGUCCAGAUAUGCUGAUGGGGACCCUGAUCUCUUUAUCUUCGGUGGACCUACCCUCUUCAAAGGCUACUAUCCUGGGCAUUCUGAACGCGCCACAUUUGACAAGAAACAUUUCACGUGGGCCGUACUUAAGGCUCACACACGUAACCGUGAGGGAACUGUUAAGCUCGAGUCAGCCGAUCCUCGGGACAUGCCUGAUAUCAAUUUCAAUUACUUUGGUAUGAGUGCAGUCGCGACAGAGGCAUCCGAGCGGGACCUUAACGCCAUUGCCGAAGGUGUCAGCUUCGCGCGCCGCAUCAUGGACAAGACCCCACUGUCCGAUAAUAAGCCUCCUGAAGAGCAGAUACCGGGCUAUGAAGUAUCUUCUGCAGAGCAGGUGAGGCAGUUUAUCAGGAAUGAGUCGUGGGGUCAUCAUGCUUCAUGCACCUGCCCUAUAGGGCCAGACGAUGACCCAAACGCCGUUCUUGAUUCUCGCUUUCGUGUCCGCGGCGUGAGAAACCUGCGAGUAGUUGAUGCAUCUGUCUUUCCGCGUAUUCCUGGAUUCUUUAUUGUCGUUCCCAUCUUUAUGAUCAGUGAAAAAGCGACUGAUGUUAUUCUUGAAGACAUUAGCGAGACCCGCCAUGUCUGA